AUGACUGCAAAAAAGGCAAGUCUCUUGGAAAAAGGCGUCAUCAAGCAGGAUCUUGCCGAUACUGAAAAGCUUUUAGCACCGGAUAACGUAGAUCGAGAUGCCUUAGAAAAUUACGCAAUAGAGGCAGCUAACUUCAGUACAAACUACCAACUGCCAGAUUUGGAAUUCGCCGUAAAUCACUAUGCUCAGCCAGAUAUAGCUAUGUUCGACUUCACGUCAAUGUAUGCCGCUGAAAAUGCUUCUAAAGUAUUGGAAAGGAAUGGUCACAAAUUAUUGAUGAUACUCGUCGGAGACAGUUUACUUGAGCCUUUCUGGCCAACGGGUUCAGGUUGUGCCAGAGGUUUUCUGUCAUCGUUGGACGCAGCUUGGGCCAUCCGAGGAUGGGGCUCGUCAAGUCGGACAUCCCUAGACGUCAUCGCAGAACGAGAGUCAGUUUACAGGCUCUUAGCUCAGACGACGCCAGAUAACUUAAAUAAAGACUGGAAAUCGUAUACGUUGGAUCCUUCUACCAGGUAUCCAAAUCUAAAUAAGGUUGCUGUUACUCCCAGGCAGGUAGCGUGUCUUUACGAUACAGACGAUGCUGCAAGCCUGGAAAGAAUGCUCAAAAGGAAUGCCGUCGAAAAGACACCCAGCGAGAGUGCUUCUAAAAAGAGGAGGCGUGGUAAUGUGGAUAAUGAAGUUCUGCUCACGUGGCUUUCUAAACAGCUGAAAAGUCACGAAGAUAUUCAGCUGACAAACUUCGCCUCCAUAUUCAAAGACGGUAACAUUUUAUGUGCAAUAAUUCAUCACUACCGACCAGAUUUGUUGGAUUACAACACCGUCAAGUCUGAAGAACCAGCUGUGAAAAAUCAACUAGCCUUUGAUAUCCUAGAAAAGGAAUUAGGAAUCCCUCCCGUAAUGACAGGUCAAGAAAGCAUCAACACAGAAGACUACUUGACAAUAGCCACGUAUCUCACAGAAAUCUACGACACUUUCCGAGGAGAAAUACCUCACGUCAAACAUCCAAAACUGCCUUUGAAAUCCAGAAUUCCAAAACUCCUUCCUGCAUCAUCGAAGCUAAAACAUUGCCACACCAAAACAUCUCUUGUCUGCAAUAAAUGCUCGCAAAAAAAUCCUGUGCUCUCUCAAUGUUCCAAAGAUGUACUGAGCAACAGUAAGAUAAUUGUCAAAAAGCAUUCCUGUAUCAACAAAAGAACUGACAGCGAUAUUCCAUUAAAACUAAGAAAAUAGUAAGCAGUGUGACCAAAGAUGCAAAAGGCAGUAAAAGUACCGUUGGAACAGGACAUUGUAAACCAGUAUCAAGCAGAUCAUCACAGAGCUCGGGAAGAAAAACGAAAUGCGUUAAAGUUGUGUACAGAAACACCUCACCCAGAAAAAAGCUUUUGAAACGGGAAUCUGAAACGAAAAGUCUAAAAGUGCAAAAAAUAAAAGCUGGAAAAUCUCGUGAUGGUUGCUCGGACAUUUCAGUGAAGAAAAAACGUAAACAUAGUAACAACGAUAUACCGGCAAAAACUAAAGCAUCCGUUACACAGCAUCAGAGUAAUUCUAAAACAACGAGCAAAAGUCAAGAAGAGUUAGUAACCAAGCGUAGUCAGACAGAGGAACGUGACAGUUUAUACAGAGAUCCCCGUAAAGAAACCGUUAAACAAUUCAUGACAAGGAUCAUGCUGAAAAGAAAGAAUUCAAUAUUGCGAAAAAUAUGCAAUUUAUCGGUCAUUCAAGAGAAACAAAGUGAGCCGGAAAAGCCCCAAAAGAAUGAUGACGCGGUUACCGAAAAAGCGGAAGAAGUUGAAGUAACAGUUGAAGAUCCAGUGAUAAUGGUUACACAGGUUCUUGAAGAUUCGCUUUUUACCAUUCGAUUUUCGAACUUUUCUAUCCUUUAUUUUAGCCUUCUGUUAAAAGCAAUAGUCCUGACCAAUGCUUCUAUAAUCCAUACGAAAAUCCGCCAGAAUUACCAGAAGUACCGGAUAGCUUGAAAAAUUUCAAAAUUGAUGAUCAAACGGAAGACGCUUCUUGCAAAGUUAUUGAGAUCACCUGCAAUAACAUGUAUUCACAAGGAGAUAGCAGCUUUAGCACUUCAUGUAGAGAUACCAACUCUAGACAGUUGAAUGACGAGUAUGAAGUACCAAAUACAAAGGAUAUUUCCAGUAUGGAGAUGCUAACGGAUUGAUUUCAAAAAUUAUAUAGAAGAUGCUAUCUUGCAUAAAACUGAAAUAUGCUAAAAGAGAAAAUAAUAUCGGAGGGAUACAAAAUUUUCGAAAACUGCGAAGUGUCCAUGAAUCUAAUCAAACUCGGUGAUGCAACUUAGUAGCAGUGCAUCCUUGGUUAGAAUUAAUGUCAUUGAGAAAAAGACCAGGCAUAAGUUCACCUUACAGCAGAUAGAGUAUAGUUCCUCUUUGAAUCAGCUGGUGAUAUCUGAUAAGGUAAAAAUAAAUGUGAAACUGUUCAAUCAUGGUCUAUACUAUCAACAGUGAUUAGUAAAAACAAUCCUCAAAAUAUAUUA